GAAAAACCCAACGCAACACACCCUUUGCUCAUUUAUGAUCCAUCCAACUAUAUGGGGCUGUCGCGUGAACGUGUUUUAUUACAAAGUUUGACCUCAUACAUACCCUUUCACUCUUCAUAUUACAUAUUAUAUUUCUUUGGAUCGGGGCUCAUCCCUUCUCUGAUCACAUCCUUCUUCAACCGGAUCUACCUUGGACGCAAUCGCAUCUGCCAUUCGAAACUCUUUGCCAGUUGCAGGAGGGAGCCAUUCCGACUGUUCUUUAAAAUCUUUCUCACUCUCUCACUGUCUCACACACUCUUUCUUUCCAUCAAGAUCCUCUCUUUGCCCCUACAGCACUGCUUCACUCCUGCCCCUCGCCCCCUUCAGCCUCUCUCCACGACACUAGAUUUAAUCUAGGUGGGCUUAAAGCAUCAUGGAAUCAAAUGCAAAGAUGCGUGUAAAAGUGUACAAGCUCAGCACUGGGAACCAAUGGAUCGAUCAAGGCACGGGUCAUUGUUCAUGCGAGUUCAACUUGGACAAAUCUGAAGGCACCCUAAUUGUUCAUUCCGAGGAUGAGGAGGAUAAAAUCUUGUUGAGGACACGGAUAAGAGUCGGCGAGGAUCUAUACCAGCGGCAACAAGAAACCUUGAUUGUAUGGUCUGAGGAUGAUGGAGAGGACUUGGCACUCAGCUUUCAGGAAGCAGAAGGCUGUGGCGAGAUAUGGGAUAAUAUCAACGAGGUUCAGCAGCAUUAUGCCGAGGACCUUUUUUCGGACCCUUCAGAUGCAAAUGGCGCCGGCAGCGGUGAUUUUAUUACGCUUCCCGAUCCUGAUAUUUCCAACCUUGCAGAGAUUGAAAUCCUCAUCAAAGAAGCUCAGAAUGGAAUCAACGAAAAAGAAAAGUUGGCUGGCUAUAUUAUCAUCGAUAAUUAUAUAGACAAGCUCUUCCCGAUCCUAGAGACCUGUGAGGAUUUGGAGAGUCGUUCAGACUUACAUCUGUUGCACGGCAUUAUGCUUGGGAUCAUCAUGCUGAACGACAUUGCUAUUAUCCAAUAUAUUCUCAAGGAUGAAAUCAUUAUUGGCUGCUUGGGAAUGCUGGAAUACGAUCCAGAGCUUGGUGACCAAAAGCAAGAAUAUAGGGAAUUUCUCACUAAGCGGUCAAAGUAUAAGCAAAUUGUGCCUAUUAAUGACCCAGAAGUGGAGCAAAAGAUCCAUCAGGCCUAUCGGUUGCAUUUCCUAAGGGACACUGUAUUGGCGCGCUUUGCAGACGAGCACUUGUCUUCGAUCCUGGGCUCUUUAAUUUUCUUUCAUAAUAUCGAUAUUGUCACUUAUAUUCAUCAGGAUCGGGCAUUUUUGAAGGAGCUCUUUGGUAUUUUGGAGAAUGACUCGGAACCACUGGAGCGGAAAAGAGAUGUGAUCUUAUUUGUACAACAAGUCUGCUCUAUCGCCAAGACUACCCAACUUCCAACACGCGCUGGACUUUAUCGGACUCUUAGUCAAACUGGACUAUUCAACCUAUUUGAGGCUGCUCUAUCAGACACAGAUCCAAAAAUCAAGAUGGCAGGGACAGAGAUAUUUAUGUUUGCAAUGGAGUACGAUCCAAAUCUGAUUAGGGCACAUAUCGUGAGACAAGCUGAGGAGAAGUCCUCAAAGCAGCUUAUGGACAUCAUUUUGGAUCAGUUUCUCGGAGAAGAAGACAUGGGCAUCAAGCUACAGUACUCAGAGACUAUUCGCCUCUUGUUAGACACUAAUACAAGUCAAGGAGACAAUGGUAUUACAGCGACUUUAGACCCGACGCCUAAUCUGGAUCCGGAUUCAGACAAGUUUCUCGAAUUAUUUUAUGGCCCCUAUAUCGGAAAAUUUGUAUCGCCAUUAUUGGAACUUUCUGAAGGCAAGUACGAUGCCACAGUGUUUUCACGCUCAACAGCAACUGUCUGUGAAAACAUUUGUCAGAUCCUGUCGUUCAUUGUUCGAAACCAUACCUUUAGGAGCAAGUAUUAUGUCCUUUCAAGCGGCGUUGUUAGCAAAGUCUGUGUUCUGUUGAAAAAUCGUGACCAACACUUGCGGUUGUCUGCACUUCGGUUUUUCAGGACAUGCAUCGGCAUGAAUGACGACUUUUAUCACCGCUAUCUGAUCAAACAAAACAUCAUCCAGUAUAUCGUGGACAUGCUUCUCUCAACUAAUAACAAAAACAACCUGUUGAAUUCCGCUUGCAUCGAGUUUUUUGAUUAUAUUCGCAAUGAAAAUAUCAAGUCGUUAAUAUCGCACAUUGUACCUCUUUAUGGUGACAAAUUCAAAGAUAUCGAGUAUGUUAAUACUUUCAAGGCAUUGAUUAGGAGAUAUGAACAACAGCAGGAUACCUCAGUGGCUGACGCCGAAGCUGCAGAUGCAGUCGCGAGUGAAGCAAGUGCCACUAAACGAGUAGGGCUGGGACAGAAAGCCUGGUCAUCAUCAACAAUGGACGAUGAUGAAGAAGCGUAUUUCAACAACUCUGAUGAUGAAGACGAAGUACCAAACGAAAGCAAGCAAGAGGACGAUCCACCAACGUCUGACCUUAGGAGGAGAGUUAAAGAGUCUUCUGAUGAUGAUUCGGGAGAAGAACAUGAAGGACAUGAUUUAUCUGGAAAUGAGGUAGAUAAAGGUACAGAACCUGUCCUUGCUUCUCAAACUUCGCCGCCACCGCCACCUACUCUGAUGCGGAGGAAACUCGUAGAUUAUCUAGACGAUGAUGACAAUGAAGAAGAGUGGGCAUUUAAUCGAAGCUUGAGAAAGCCCACCUCUCCAGCAUCGCCGCCUCCAGAUCCCACAUCAACAGAGUCUCCAGAGAAAAAAAUCAAGCUUGAUUCUGAGCAGACAGGAGGAAGUCAUCAGGAUCAACUGAUGGGAGACGUUUCGAAUACCAAUGAUACACCAGGAACUUCCCUUGAGGGAUCAAAUUCACCCAUUAAGUUCAAGCUGAAUAGUCUACGGAAUGGGCGAUCGCCUUCACCAUUAUCCUCCUCUAGCCCUAAAUCCAGAUCGGUAUCACCGUUGUCGUCUGGAUUGCCUCCAGUUGCCACGCGUACCGGAAUUGCGUUUGUCAAAGCCAGUUCUGUCGAUACUGAAAGUCAUUCUAGCGAUAGUGAAUCUGGCUCGGCCUCAAUUGAUAAGACAGAUAUGCUUUCUGCAGCGGCAAUUCAUUUAAGAAGCGACAUGGCUAGGGACUUCAAACGGUUAGCAGACGAAGAAGAAAAAGGAAAAGAAGAAGAAGAAGAAGAGAGUCUUAGCCUCAACGGGGAAACACAAGUAUCAUCAGGUGACUUAAAAGGCGCAAUUUCAGCCUCAACUGAUGAUACAACGAAAUUGGUAGAGCCAAACAUAGCCGCUAUUUCUAACGCAGGUGAAAGCACGACCUCAGAAGAGACAUCAAACAGCCCUACCAGUUAUGCAGAAUAGCGGUGCUUCUGCCAUCAGUUACCUUUCAGCACUGUCGCAGUACGUUUCGAGAACAUUCAAUGACAGUCAUGACUCUAAUCCUCUCCAACUUUACUCAUCUUUUUGUCCAUUUUUUUUUUUCUCAUGCAUCCCUUCUCUCAAUCAUAUUACCCGCGCAACAUUCAAGUACCUCCGAAGGAAAAAAAAGAAAAAAAAAGGAGUGCAAAAAUUUAUGAUCUAUCUUGUACACUACUAUUAUUAUUAAAUACACAU